CCAUAGAAAGCUUUGUGUCGUGGAUGUGGACCGGGGUCACAAGUCUCUCCGUGUCUUUUUGCUAAAGGAUUAAAUCACAGAAGGGACCCGGAGUCAACGCACACAGCAGCCAUGGAAGAUAAAGACGAUAGGAGGAAGCCCAAGCAGAAAAGUGCUGCCCUCUGUGGUUACCCAAUAAGCAUCUUCUUCAUUGUGGUCAAUGAGUUCUGCGAGCGUUUCUCCUACUAUGGCAUGCGAGCUGUGCUUGUGCUGUACUUCAAGUACUUCCUGAAGUGGGAUGAUGACUUUGCCACCACCAUCUACCACACCUUCGUGGCUCUGUGCUACCUGACACCCAUCCUGGGAGCCAUCGUGGCUGAUUCAUGGCUCGGCAAGUUCAAGACGAUUGUUUACCUGUCCAUCGUGUAUACCCUGGGACAGGUUGUCAUGGCAAUAAGUGCUAUCCACGACCUCACAGAUACAAACAAGGAUGGCACCCCCGACAACAUGACCUUGCACGUAGCUCUGUCCAUGGUGGGUCUGAUCCUCAUCGCCCUGGGGACAGGAGGCAUCAAACCCUGCGUGGCGGCCUUCGGUGGAGACCAGUUUCUAGACCAUCAGGAGAAGCAGAGGAGCACGUUCUUCUCCAUCUUCUACCUAUCCAUCAACGCUGGCAGUCUGCUGUCCACUGUCAUCACCCCCAUCCUCAGAGCUCAGGAGUGUGGUAUCCACACCAAGCAGCAGUGCUACCCUCUGGCCUUUGGAGUCCCUGCUGCUCUCAUGGUGGUAGCUCUGGUUGUGUUCAUUGUUGGGAGUGGCAUGUACAUUAAGACCCCCCCUCAAGGCAACAUCAUGGUGAAGGUCUGCAAAUGCAUCGGGUUUGCUAUCAAGAACCGCUUUAGGCAUCGCUCUUCUGCAUACCCUAAGAGAGAACACUGGAUGGACUGGUCCGAUGAGAAAUACGAUAAACUCCUGAUUGCCCAGGUGAAGAUGGUGCUGAAGGUGCUGUUCCUCUACAUCCCUCUGCCCAUGUUCUGGGCUCUCUUUGACCAGCAGGGCUCCAGAUGGACCCUCCAGGCCACCACCAUGGAUGGAAACUUUGGAUUUCUCACCAUCCAGCCCGAUCAGAUGCAGACUGUCAACCCUAUCUUGAUCCUGGCCUUGGUUCCAAUCAUGGACAGUCUCAUCUACCCUCUGAUUGCCAAGUGCAAACUGAACUUCUCCCCGUUGAAGAGGAUGACUGUUGGGAUGUUAUUUGCCGCUCUUGCCUUCAUAGCUGCCGGCCUGGUUCAGUUACAGAUUGAUCAAACCCUGCCUGUAUUCCCAUCAAGCACUCAAAGCCAAGUGAAGUACAUCAACUUGAUGAGCACGCCGCUGGACGUCAGAGCUGGAAGCAAUAAUUUCACUUUGCAGCCUUUGACGGCCAAUGAGGAUUACCUGAACUUUGGAGAGUCAUUCACACUAAAUCUGGGGCCAGGUGCCAGCUACCCAACAGCUUUCGAGGGGGCCAUACGCAGCACCUCGGUCAUCGUUCCGGACGUGACUCUACCCAAGCCUAUAACAUUCACAGACAUCACCUCAAAGCCGGAGCAGGGCGCUAAUGCUAUCAGGUUUUUCAAUGGAUACAGCUCAGUCUUGAAUAUUACGUGGGGUGACCAGGGCUUCGGGGAGAUCAUCCCCAACAACAUGUCAGGAUAUGUUUUGAUACCACAGGGAGCUGCGGAGUACCAGAUCAAGAAUGGUCUCGGAUCAGUGUGUACCUACAAACAGGAUCUGGGCUUCGGCAGUUCCUACACCUUAGUCAUCCCUCCAACUUUCAUCUUUGAUGCUUUGUGUGACCAGAUCAUCGUUCCAGUGCUGGACAUCAAGCCUAACAUCAUCCACAUGGCCUGGCAGAUCCCUCAGUACUUCCUCAUCACAGCAGGAGAGGUGGUGUUCUCCGUCACCGGCCUGGAGUUCUCCUACUCACAGGCACCCAGCAACAUGAAGUCUGUGCUGCAGGCUGGUUGGCUGCUGACUGUUGCCGUAGGUAACAUCAUUGUGCUCAUUGUCGCCGAGGCUGCAACGCUCGAAGAUCAGUGGGCCGAGUACAUCCUCUUCGCCUCCCUGCUGGUGUUAGUGUGCUUCAUCUUUGCCUUCAUGGCCUAUUUCUACACCUACAUUGACCCGGCCAAGAUAGAAGCGGAGUUUGCCGUGAAGGAGCCCGAGGAGGAGAAGAAGAGGAAGAGUGUGGAGAUGAGCAGGAACAGCUUUCACUCCGGCUCUGAGAAGGAUCAGGACACCCUGCAGACCAAAAUAUAAAGCCAUGCUUCCCUGCUGCUUGCUGUUGCAUGGACAUGUAGUGGUAAGAAGGAAUAGAUCAGGUACAGGAAGAACACAGUGAAAGAGCUUCCAUAUUAGGCUCUUGGUGUUAGUAGAGGAUAUUGGCAGGGAUAAAUCAAAUGUUGUUUUGGCUCAAAAUGCUCUUUAGGUUACUCAUUCAAUUAAAACCCCUUUAUUGGUUAGUAAUUUGGGCUUUUUCAUUGUUGUAAAUGGGUUUUUACAAAGAUUUAUUUUGCACUGUGUAGCAACAUUUAUAUGUAAUUAUUGUUCAUAGGCUUUUUUAAUGUAGGACAUAAACAAAUAAACCAUUCCAACAUUUGUAUUUAUUUCCAAACACAUUGUGUUUUAUAAAAUAUCGUCACUGUUUUAUAUAUCUAUGACGUUUUAAUAUGCUAAAGGGUCAAAUCAAACAGAAUGAUAUUCCAAAUUCAACAUCAGGCCUCACCAGGGUCUUCAAUAAAGAUGCUCGCAAGGUGUGGUCAAAGAAACACGUGUUACAUAUUCUUUUAAUCAAACUGAGACGUUUCAGUUAGCAUUAGAUCUUUAUUUCUCAUGUCACUUUGAAAGCUUACAAGGAGCUCACAUUUAACUUGGGAAUUCUCAAAUGACACAAGCAAAGAUUAUAUACAGUACUAUAAACUGUCAGCUAUGAUAAAGGAGACCAAAUGUACACAUGUUGUAGUUAUUUCCGUAGCAUAUGUUUUUCUGUAAGGUAUAGAUUUUUUUUUUGCCCAUAUCUGUAAAGCAUUCCAUAUUUCCAUACUUGAAUCUGCAGUUAUAAAAAUAUCUGAUAAUUUCUUUCAA